UCGUGUUGUUACAGGAAGUGUGAGGGGUGUUUCCAGCUGAUCUGCACAGCAGAAGGACCAGACUCUCCCUCAGCAGCCCGACCUGCCUGCUCCUGUCUCGGGUCCUACAGCAGAGCAGACCGCCCGGCAGGUGGACAAGGCCUCCUGAUCUGGGACCGGUUUCAGGUGUCCCUCCCCGCUGCCGGCUCCCGCGCUUCUCUCAGCCGUCUGUUAGCUGCCGUGAACCGGUGCCGUCGGUAGCUGUUAGCACGGACUGUCAUGAUCCCAGCUCGGAGAUGGCGUCCUUCCCCGGUUUGUGUAAGGCUGUCGGGCCAGCGGAGGAGGAGAACGGAGACCUGGACGGCUCUUUGCAGCAGAUGCUGAAGGCCAUCGCCGACGAGCGGAACCGACUCAACAUCCGGCAGGAGAUCAGCGGACUCGGUUGUUUUAAGGAUGACCGCAUCGUGUUCUGGACCUGGAUGUUCUCCACGUACUUCAUGGAGAAGUGGGCUCCUCGACAGGAUGACAUGCUGUUCUACGUCCGCAGGAAACCCGCCUACGUCAGCGCCGACAACACGGAGGGCAAAAAGGUGGAGGUGGAGGUUUACCGGAGAGACUCCAAGAAGCUGCCCGGCCUCGGUGACCCAGACAUCGACUGGGAGGAGAGCGUCUACCUGAACCUCAUCCUGCAGAAGCUGGACUACGUGGUGACGUGUGCCGUCUGCACGCGCUCAGACGCGGGAGACAUCCACAUCCACAAGAAGAAAUGUCAGGAAGUGUUCGCGUCUCCCAGCAAACACGCCAUGGACAGCAAAGGAGAGGAGUCCAAGAUGAGCUACCCGAACAUCUUCUUCAUGAUCGACAACUUUGAGGAGGUGUUCAGUGACAUGACGGUGGGCGAAGGUGAGAUGGUGUGUGUGGAGCUGGUGGCGAGCGACAAGAGCAACACCUUCCAGGGCGUCAUCUUCCAGGGCUCGAUCCGCUACGAGGCCCUCAAAAAGGUCUACGACAACCGGGUGAGCGUCGCUGCCAAGAUGGCCCAGCGGAUGUCUUUUGGCUUCUACAAGUACAACAACAUGGAGUUUGUGAGGAUGAAGGGUCCGCAGGGCAAAGGUCACGCUGAGAUGGCGGUCAGCAGGGUGCCGACGGGCGACACGUCCCCCUGUGGCACAGAAGAGGACCAGGAGUCGCCCAUGCAUGAGAGGGUGACGUCCUUCAGCACGCCUCCGACUCCAGAGAGGAACCGUCCCUCCUUCUUCUCUCCGUCUCUGAAACGCAAAGUUCCACGAAACCGAAUCGCAGAGAUGAAGAAGUCUCACUCGGCCAACGACAGCGAGGAGUUCUUCAGGGAGGAAGAGGACGAAGAUCUUCACACGACCACAAACCUCCGCUCCCGCUCGCUGUCGGGGACCGGCCGCUCUCUGGUCGGCUCCUGGCUCAAGCUCAACCGCACCGAAGACUACUUCCUGCUCUACUCACACCUGACCUACGUCACCCUGCCGCUGCACCGCAUCACCACAGACACGCCGUGUCCCAGACAAACUGGUCUGGAGUCUGACGUGUGCAGUUCGUCAUUUCAACAUUUACACGUUGUUUUCCUGGUGACUCAAAGAGAAGAAAUCAAACUGACAUCCUGGAGGUGAGGCAGAAGCCCAUCCUGAUGACAUAGCGGAGCUGAACCCCCCUCAGAGCAUCACUACCAAGUGCCUCCCGCAUCAGGCCACUGAGACGACAGCAGCAGCGCCCCCCGGUGUCCAAACAUCUGCUUCACCCGGAGAAACUCUGCCAGAGGAGACGACGACAAACAAACCAGCCAUUCGAGAAGUGCCUCUUCUUCUUUUCAGUUCCUGCUGUGUCCGAGGGAGUCUCCACGGAAACGGGCCCGGCGUCGGGAUCACAUGACCUCGGUGUGAAAAGGCAUUGGCUGAACUCUGACCAGGAAGGAGAAGGAAGCGAAGAAUGUGUGUUGUCUUGUAAAUAUCCUGCUGCUUUACUCACUGAGACGCCUCGGCUUCAAGGUCCUGCUUUUAACGACACGUUUGGUUUCCGCUCGACUCGUCGUCGAACUCGUGGACUUCGUUUUGUUUUUAUAUCUGCUACGAUGUGAAGUGAGCAGAGUGGAUGAUCAGCAGACGGAGUCACGGCAGUCACCAGUUAACAAUUAAUUAAUUUAGUCCAAAAUGUCCAAAACGUCCUCCCAGCUUUGACUUCAUGUUGGUUAUUUUGACAGAAAAAUGUUCCAAAAGUGCUCGCGUCCCGACGACAGGAAGCACAUGUUGAAUGAGUCUGUAGCCAGCAGCUUUUUUUACAGAAGCCAAAGUUUUCUAGACGUUUCAGUCCAGUCUGAGUGCAGAAGCUCCACAAAGUUCAACAAAUUCAACAGAAUGAACCCAGUAAGAUUUACUUAAAAAAAGAAUUUCAAAGUAAAAUCAUGACGUGAACUACUUUACUCUCAUAAUAAAAUUACUCUUUCUCAGUAAAUUCUCACUACAGCUUUUCUGCUUCGAGUGUUCAAACUCAUGUUGACUACAAAUCAGAAUUGUUCAGCCUCGAACAGGAGCAGCGUCGUCCUUCUGGACCUUCUGGUCUAAAGAAACGUCUCCUCCCGCCUCGUGGAGGCCGGGGGACGCCUUUGCAUUAAUGAAACGCUCCACUUUUAAUGGUGAAACUUUGUCCUGUGAAACGUUUAUCGUCGUGUCUAAAAGGGGAAGAAUCACCAAAAUAAAAGCGUCUUCAGUCAAAGUUUGACCCGUUUGACCCGCGAGACGAAUGAGACGAAAAGUUCAGUUUUCUUGACAGCCAGAAGACACUGAAUGAUUUUUAUUACAACUGAUGAAGUUUCUUCUUUUCUGUUCACUUUGGUGUUUCUGAACACGAGCUUUGACUUUUUACUGCGAUUCACAAACUGGAAGUGACUUGAAAAACUACUGAAGUAACGAGGACUUCAAAGGGAAACCGGAACAAAAGCUGCAAACUAAACCAGGAAGCUGGAAGGAGGCGACGCGAUGCGAUUGGCUCCGCUCGAAGACGUUUUGUCCCCACGUGCUCCUCAAGCCUUAAAUCGGACUUUAAUGUGUCCGGAGAUGGUCAGAGUCCACCUGUCCGUCACAAGUUCCCAGAGGACAAAGUGUCCAAAGACGUGACUAACCAGCUCACUUUAAUUCAUUUAAAGCAGAAAUGAUUUUUAAUCGAUGCUGAUCAAAUGUAAGCAGAAAAACAUGAGACGUUUAGUGUCAGAAGAAGAAUAAAGUUGUGAUUGAACUGUGAUGAACAGCAGGUCAGCAGCCGUCACAUGACAACAAGUCGGCGUUUGGUUGGUCAAAGAAACGCAGAUGAUCUGAUUGAUUCAUCUUUGUUUUCAGAUCAAUCGAAUCUGACAUGUAGGAAAACGUUUCUCAGCCACAAACGCUGACGUGUCCCCUAAAGUCGGAUUUCAUCCGGACGUCCACACGUCCACACGCAGUCAAAAGCUGCCGCUGGGGACAAAAUUUGACUGAAACUAAAGUUGUGAUCAUCAGAAAAUCAUUUUGAUUUCAGCUUCUCGACGCUGAAUCCGGCCAGCUGGGGCGGCUGCUAUUGAUCAGUGAUUAUCAGUGAUUGAUUUGCACUCAGACGAAGCCAUCGAUCAAAGCCGGUCCACAGUGUUUGUGUCAGAUGUUCAUGAUGAAGAUGAUGAUGAUGAUGUUUCUUCAGCUGAAUGUAUCCACGCUUUAACUGAGGAGCAUUUGAUCCGAGCAGACGGUUUGCACUGUAAAACGCUUUUAGAACCUUUUUGAAACCAGUUUGUUAAACUUUUUGUCGACGUGUUCUUACAUCAGUGAACUGCUCACACACACACACACACACACACACACACAGUUAAUGUGCAUGUAUUCAGCCAUCACGUUCUGUUGCUUUACAGACUGUGCGUACGUUUUCCUGUAUUUGUUUAUUGAAAUACACAACUAGAAAACCUGA